GUACAUAAGGCUCCAAGUUAGGCUUUCAUAAACCUCCUAUUUUGGCCAUACGCGUAGUAGAGACGAAAAAAUGAGAGAUUAUGCGCUCUCCGCUGGGUUCUGACGUCUGCUUUGCAGUGUCGCGCGGAGAGCAAAAUAAACAAGGUGCAAAGUGAGGGUUUUCCAUGAAAAGGGGCUGAAUUGGAGGGAAAUUCUGUGGCUUUUCGGAUGGAGCACCACGCCAGGAGGAGCCUCACGGCGGAUAAGCUCAAGGCACAGGUUCGGGAGUCCUUUGAUCACUUGCGGAAAGCCCUCGCCAUCCGGGAGAAGCUGCUCCUGCGCCAGGUGGAAGUGCUGCAGAACCAGACACAGCAGAAGCUCUCAAUAGACGAGGUGAAGUUCAUUCCCGAGAACGACAGCACUGUGAUAAACAGCAUCCGGGAGUUUGGCAAGUUCAAUCUGGAGAACUACAACUUCGCCAAUGAUCUACUGGCCAACGAGGACUACAUUUGUCCAGCCAUUGAUCACGAGACGCUGCAUAAGUGCGUGAGCGUGGAGAAGUCCACACCGGACAUUGAUUUCAGCAACAAUCGCACCAUCAUCACGGAGAAUGCGAAUUACCUCAACGACUCCAUUAUCAACAUCAUCCUGAGCGAAUCUAAGGAACUGAUUGAGGGCAAAAGUGGGCGUGGGGAGGGCGCCAAGGCGACACAAUCGAUGGGGAGUAAACACGAGGAGACGCCCAGCAAAUCGAUAAAGUGCUGCGUCUCCAACAUGACCAUCAACCGCUGCUCUGGCACGCUGAAUCUCAAGAAUAUCUCGCACCUGACUAUCAACACCACCUGCAAGGCCACUCCGGCCGCCUCUUCCAGCCUCGAGGACACCGCAAAUCCGCACACGUGCUCGCUGGAGACGUCCAUCGACGCACAGCACGAGCAUCCUGGGCAGAUUCAGCAGUGGCUCAAGCAGAUCAUCUCCGAGACGGAAACAGAGCCAAUUCCCAGCGAUGACAUCCUCGAGCACAGCCGCAUAGACACGCAGUGAAGUCCCAAAUGAAAAC